UAUUAAUGAUCAAUAUCCAAAUCCCAUUUCUUUCCCCUAUGAGAAAUUCACAUCAGCUACCUCAACCAAACACAAAAGCCAUCUACUCUUGUGAUGCCUUUCUACAAAUGCAUCCUGCUAAAUGCUUCAAUGCGAAUAGAAAUUCAUGUAUCACUCUUUAGCACUCUAAUUAAAAUAGAUUAUACCCUAAAAAGCCAUGGAAUGAUAUACGCAAAUAGAAUCAUAGAUCAAAAUGCCACUUUAAUCUCCAUAAUGUCAUCGUAGAGAGGACUGAUCAGAUUAGUCAUCUAAUGAAGAUAUCUAAUGUUCAAACUUGAAUACCCAUUGAGAUUUCUAUUCUGAGUUAUAGGAAAUCGGUUUCACGAUAAUUUUUCAUCAGGUGAAGGGAUAUCAUUAAUCUAAGAAUAAUUAUAUAUACU